UGUGUUGUGGUGAGCGUUCGAGCGGUUGUUGUGAUUUUGGCGGACAAGAAGAAGAAGAAGAAGAAGAAGAAUAACAACAGCCAACAGCAAGCAAGCGAGAUGGGCAGGAGAGGCAGGAAGAAGGUGGAGCUUGGCGUGGGCAUCGACCUUGACGAGGAUGGUGGUGCUGAUGGGAAUGGGGAUGAGAACAUUGCUGGCGAGGUGCCAGAGGAGGUGCUGGCCAUGUAUCAAGAACAUGUGGAUGAACGCGAGGUUGACCUGAGCAUGUGUCAGUUGGAGACAGUCUCGGCAGAGGCACUGGCCGUGCUGCCGGUCACGCGUGUGGACUUGUCCAUGAACCAGCUUGCCACACUGCCAGCCAACUUUGGCAUCCUCGCGGACAUUACCGAGUUGGACCUGAGCAAGAACCAGCUCGUGUCGCUCCCAGACUCAUUCGGGAACUUGCAAUCUCUCACCAAGCUUGACCUCCUGGGCAACAAACUCGAACGGCUACCGCUGAGUUUUGCCAAUCUGAACAACCUGAGGUGGCUUGAUCUGGGCGAGAACCCGUGGGACACGUCGUUCAUUCCCCUGAGCGUCGCAAUCAACCCAAAGUCAGACACCAGCGACAAGGAGCGCCGCGCGUGUGCCGCUCGCGUUCGCCGGUACAUUGAGAACUUGAAGCACGAGGCGGAGAAGCUUGCAGACAAGCUCGAGCGGCAGGAGAAAUCAAAACAGAAGAAGCAGAAGAACAAGGACGAUGAGGACCAAGGGGCACUAGCGAAGAAGACGGGAAAGAAGAAGAAGAAAAAGACAAACAAGAGCAAGCGCAAGAAGGAAGAGCUUGAGUCCUUGUACAAGCUUGGUGAUGAGGACGACGCAAGGCACGCCCCCUCCAAUGCCGCCACAGCCACUUCUGCUACCAGUGGUGAUGGCGGAGACAAGGACACCCUUCUAUUCUCUGCUGGGCCCAACAGCGAAGAAACAACGCGUCAGACCACCGCGCGCAGAGCAGAGCAGAACCGGAUGGCGACUGGAAUGAUGAUGCUGGCUGUGGUGGCUGUGGUUGUCGGAGUGUUUGCUGUCCUGCAUCAAGUUGGGAUUGUGGACCUGAACCGCGUUGGCGGCGCGCUUCUGGACCUCGUCGCCCUUCUCAGUGGAUCCGUUACCAUCUACUGAUGUGGGCUCUCGCUCCACGGCUUGCAUUGCAUUGUAGUGCAGUGCAGUGCAGCGUGCCUUGCCUCGCGUUGCAGUGUGCCUCUUGAGUCUUGUGUCUUGCGUGUGCCAUGCGUACACACGCUUGCUUGCCUGUGUUUGCUUGCUCUCUCUUUCUCUCUGUUUGCAUGUGCGUGCAUACACUACAUACACACAUUGUGUGGGACCGACUCCGCCCCCCCCCCUUUGCACAGUACACAGCCAAGCUUACCAUC